AUGGCCGCCUCACUUUUGAAGGUUCAGUUGGACGUGGCCAAGAACAUAAUAAAUUUUUAUGAAAACUCAACCAGUAAGGUCGGAGCACAAAGACAAACCUUGUCGCACUUCCGAGCUCGACUCGAAUUGCUCGAAGUUUAUUGGAAGUCGUUCAUCGGGAGGCACGACGAACUCCUGGGUCAUGCUGACGACCUCAGUCAGCAAGAGUACUUCGUCAAGGACUGUUAUGGCCUCACCGAAGACAAUUACACUGACGCCAAGGCUCUCAUCUUGGAUCAUAUAACGGCUUUGACCCCGCAGGGUCCAACGGCUGCCCAGACCGGAAGCGACCGAGUGGCGCGCUCCGGCGAACAGUCGGUGGUUCCGUUGCCUGCUCUCGCUCUGCCUAUCUUCACCGGAAAACAGGAAGAAUGGGAGAGCUUCAAGCAACGUUUUUCGUCCCUGGUACGAGAUAAGGAGGCCAUCCCAAAGGUCGCCAAGCUGCAACACCUUCUCAAUGCAGUGCAGGGCCCGGCUGCGCUUCGACUGAAAGGAAUGGAAAUCACAGCAGCCAAUUUUGACGUUGCAUGGGACAAGCUCGUGCGUCGCUAUGACAAUCAGCGCAUACGUUUACAUAACGCCCUGGAAAGUCUAAUGCAGCUACCACUGGUGAAGUCGCGCAACGCGGAUGAGCUUACCAACCUGAUCGACAGGACAGAGGAGGCGGUUCGCUCGCUGCAGGAAUUGCGGUGCCCUGUUCACGAGUAUGACAAUUGGAUUGUCCACUGCGUCGUUCGAAAGCUCGACGCAAAUUCGCGGGAGUCGUGGGAGAUCUCACGCGAGGAAUCCUCCGAGUUCCCGAAGUACGGUGACCUGGUCCUUUUUCUCGAGCGUCGUGUGCAGUCGCUGGAGCAGGCGCGACCGUCAGCCGGGCUUGCGACAACGAGCAGCCAAGGCUUGCGUGAUCGGGGCUACGGACAUCGACGUGUCUCGGCCAACACCGCACGAAUUGAAGACGCGCCUGCGGGUCGUUCGGGACCCCUGUGCGACGUCUGCCAGAAGAGCCACUGGAUUCAUAGAUGCUUCAAAUUUCUAGGCAUGUCCCAGCAGCAGCGGCUCGAGCUGUGCAAGGCGAGGCGUCUGUGCCUGAACUGCCUGCACAGGUCGCACCUCGUUGACAAGUGCCCAUCAUCGUCGCGCUGCCUCAUUUGCCAGGAUAAGUAUCACACGAAGCUUCACACCGACAGGCCGGGACGACCGAGACACGGGAACGGCAGCAGCGCCGAGGAAGGGGCCAUGAGCAACGUCAGCGCUCCAGUCGAAGAGGAUCAAGGCAGCUCGGUGAAUGUGUUCACGACUCGAGUUGGCUCCGACAUUUUGUUGGCUACCGCAAUGGUACACCUCGUGACCGCGGGCGGACAGCUCCUGUCGGUCAGAGCACUCAUUGACCCAGCGGCGGAGCGGAGCUUCAUCACUCGGCGUGCGGCAUCGCAGCUGAAUUUGCCUACGCGACGCACUUCGAUGUCGAUCAUUGGUCUCGGCGCUGCUGUGUCAUCGAAAGCCGGCACCGAGCUGUGCCUGCAGGUGCGAUCCCCCAAGAAGCCUGAAUUUGCAUUGCGGACAUCGGCCCUGAUACUUUCGGAGCUUACGGAUUUCUUGCCCAGCAAUCGAGUGAAAUUUGAGUCGUGGCCGCACAUACAGGGUCUUGAGCUGGCCGAUCCGCGCUUUGGAGUGCCGGCGCGUGUGGAUUUCGUUCUCGGCGGUGAUGUGUUCCCGGAGCUUAUUUUGAACGGGGUCAUCAAGGGGACUGCGGGAACCCCCGUGGCCCAGAAGACGGUCUUUGGAUGGAUAUUGACGGGGCCAACGCUGCCGGACACGGCCGACAGAGGAGGCGCUGUGCGAGCGUUUCACGCAUCAAUUGAGCCGUCAAUCUCAAGUCUCGUCUCGAAGUUAUGGGAGCUCGACAACGUUACGAGCAGGCCGCAUUUGUCUGAGGACGAGAGACGCUGCGAGGAACUGUUCGUGCAGACGCAUCGUCGGGACAGCAGCGGGCGAUUUGUGGUGCGUCUACCAUUCGCGCGCAGAGCCGACCUGAGAGGCUCCAGGUUCACGGCUCAGUCUUGUCUGCUAAGGAUGGAGCGCCGUUUUCAAAAGGAUUCGAGGCUGCGCGACGUUUAUUCCGAGUUUAUGAAUGAAUACAUAAGGCUUGGGCACAUGGAAUGUGUGCCGACGCAGCAACUUCAACGACCGAGUUCCUAUUUGCCUCAUCAUGGAGUUUUUCGACCGGACAACCCCAACAAGAUUCGAGUGGUGUUCAACGCGUCGAGCAAGACAAAUGGCGGAAUAUCGUUGAAUGACCAACUGCUUGCGGGGCCAAAACUGCAGGCGGAUAUUACAGUGGUACUGUCCAACUGGCGUUUUUUCGAAUUCGCAGGCACGACCGACGUCGAGAAGAUGUUCCGCCAGAUACGAGUACACGAGGACGACGUCGACUGGCAGCGUGUGCUCUGGCGAGCUGGCCCUGACGAGCCGAUACGUGAUUAUCGCUGCACGACGGUGACUUACGGGACUGCUUCAGCUCCCUUCCUGGCCCUGCGCGUGAUGAAGCAGCUUGCGGAGGACGGACGGGUCGCUUAUCCGGAAGCAUCGGAGGUGCUACAGCACCAGCUCUACGUCGAUGAUCUUUUUUUUGGCGCCGGGUCUGCGAGAGAGGCAAUACGCCGAAGAGAUGAGCUCAUCGCGCUGCUCGCGUCAGCGGGCAUGAGGCUAGCGAAGUGGGCUGCAUCGCACACGGAAAUCGUUGAGGAUCUCACCGACAACAAGCCGGAGGCGGUUGCAUUGAGGGUAGAUGAGGCGGUGUCUACACUUGGAUUGAAGUGGCUGCCUCGGCUGGACUGUUUUACCUUUCAGUUUAAGCCUGUCCUCGCAACGUCGCCUGCCACUCGUCGUACGGUAUUAUCCGACAUUGCAAGGACAUUCGACCCUAUGGGAUGGCUAUGUCCGGUGCUUAUUGUGGCCAAGAUCCUGCUGCAGGAUAUUUGCAUCGACGGCACGGACUGGGACGCGUCGAUUGCGGAGCCAUUGGAUCGACGGUGGACUGAUUUCUGCGCCACCUUGGACGACGUUACCAAUAUCCGAGUGCCUAGAUGGUUUGGCGCAUCAGAGUCAAGCACUUGGCACUUGCAUGCGUUCGCUGACGCGUCUAAGAGAGCGUAUGCUGCGGCGUUAUACGCAGUAAUCCCGUCAAAAUCGUGUCAACUUAUUGUAGCCAAGACAAAAUUAGCGCCGACCAAAGUACAGACGGUGCCGAGGUUGGAGCUCUGCGCGGCCGCUCUUCUUGUCCGCCUGGUCAAGAGUCUGCUUGACGGCCUCAGAUUUCCACCGGCUCGCAUCUUCUGUUGGUCGGACUCGAGUGUUGUGCUUGAGUGGUUGCGAGGACAUCCUUCGAGGUGGCCAACGUUCGUGGCGAAUCGAGUCAGCGACAUUCAGACUGGCCUGCCUGACGCUUGCUGGAGGCAUGUACGAACGAUGGAUAAUCCAGCUGACUGUGCGACAAGAGGAUUAUCGCCGCUCGAAUUGGCCGCUUUCCCACUUUGGUGGAAUGGCCCUUCUUGGCUUCUCGACGAGGAGGCAACGUGGCCAGCAUCUGUUGUACCCUCGAGUGAAAGCGCACAGGUCAUGGUCGCACGGCGGGCGCCUCCGCCGGCCGUUACCAGCUGCCUACCGAAUUUGAGCGUAUUUUCCAGCUUCAGCAAAAUGGUUAAAGUGCUCUGUUACUGCCGCCGGUGGCUGGCUGUCGUCGGUCGAGCGGAGGUCGCGGGGCCCGAUGGUGACGAGUGGAGAGAGGCUCAAUUUAUGUGUUUUCGGCGAAUCCAAGCGCAUCAUUUCGGGGACGAUAUCAAGGCGGUCACUGCUGGAGAAAAGCUGCCGAAGAGGAGUCGGUUGAGGGCACUUCACCCCUUCAUUGGCACUGGAGGUCUAUUGCGAGUUGGUGGUCGUUUGCAGAACGCUCCACUGACAUAUGAUGAAAAACACCCGAUCAUUCUACCUGGACGUUGUUUAAUCGUGAGGAGAUUGAUUGAACAGGCUCAUAGGGAUACCCUUUAUGGCGGACCGCAGCUUAUGCGCUCACACCUGGGCCGCAUGUUUUGGAUUUUGCGAGGCCCGCGCGUCAUUCCCGCCGUUUUCGGGGACUGCGUUCGCUGUGCUCGCUUUCGAGCUACUGCACUGGAGCAGCAGAUGGGCCCGCUGCCCGCAGAGGAGCAGAGGAGCAAAUGGCUGACCGCACGGGAGAGCUUGCAGCCAGGUGACAUGGUGCUGCUGAAGGAUGAUCUAUGCUCGCCAUCGUCGUGGCCGCUGGCACGCGUCGAGCAGGUUCAUCCGGGUUCUGAUGGAUUGGUCAGAGUUGCGACUAUCAAGACCGCAAGCUCAACUUUUACAAGACCAAUUGUCAAAUUGAUUAAGCUGCCGACUGAUGCUCAAGCCGAGGAAUAUUACUGUCGGCUCAAUGAAAAGGAGACGAACGAAUGA